CUCUCUCUCUCUCUCUCUCUCUCUCCUCCCGCCCCAUCUGACUCAUUUGCUUGUGAGAGAUUAAGCAGGAUAGAGACGGAUUACGCUUCUCUGAGGACUUCUCUAUACUCUGUUAUGGAAUAUCAUUCACUCUAUUCCUUUCUCUACAGCAGCGUAUACAUUACUACAUUAAAUAAUAGUACUACAUUAAAAUUGACCGUCAAACAAAAUAAAACCAGCAAGAGCUCUCCAGUUGAUUAAACUUCCCUAAAGAGGGAGCACGAGCCGUAUGCGAGAGACGAUCUGAGUUUGAUGCUCAGGUCACUUCAGGACUCCGAAUGAGACCAGCCGUGGAAACCGAUCCUGUGUCCGGUCCGACAGAGAUGGGAGACAACGGUCUGACACAGAUCUUGGCCCAUGUGGUCUCUGGGAUGAGGGGCUCUAUAAAUAAAGAUAUAAACGGGGUUGAACUGUUGCACAGUCUACUCGGCGCCCCCUGGUUACAGUCACUACUGAAGAUAUAUGAAUGUCUACAGCAGCACCUGAAACAUUCUCCCAGACCGUAUCUCUCUUAUUCAUCUGGACUGUCUUUACAGAUUCUCUCAGAUCUGCUGGCAAUCUCGAACCCUUCAGAUGAAGCUCGAGAACUCUACAGUCUCCUGAGUCAGCCGCACCUACAGGCUCUCCUCUCGGCUCAUGACACGGUGGGUCUGAGAGACUACGAACCAGAGCUGCCUCCAUUACCCAAAGAUCUACCUGAGGACGAGGAGGCCAUGAGGAUCGUCUGUCUGGUGAAACACAAUCAGCCGCUGGGAGCGACGAUCAGACGAGACGAUGUGACGGGGGAAAUCUACAUCGCCCGAGUUAUACACGGAGGACUGGCUGACCGCAGCGGUCUCUUGCAUGCUGGAGACAGACUGGUGGAGGUCAACGGUCUUCCUGUGUUUGGACUGGAACCAGAACAGAUCAUACAAAUUCUGGCUCAUUCUCAGGGAACCAUAAUGUUCAAGGUGGUUCCCAUCACCGACAAACCAGUUAACAACCAAACCAUGCUGUACGUGCGCGCCAUGGUGGACUACAACCCUCUGGUGGACCCGUCCAUCCCCUGUGCUGAUGCUGGUAUGGCCUUCAGGAAGGGAGAGAUCCUGGAGAUCGUGGACCAGACAGACGCCCUCUGGUGGCAGGCCAUCAAACUGCCCAGCAUCUCUGCCUGCGCCGGCCUCAUUCCUUCCACUAACCUGCUCAAAAGGAAGCAGAAAGAGGUGUGGUGGUCUCAGCCUUAUCAACCUCACACCUGCGUCACGACCUUAAGAACAGUGGAUGAAGAGGAGGACAUUGCCAUCGACGACAAAUGCAUAGAAGCAGAUGAGGAGGCGUUUGAAUCUGAAGAAUUAAAUGAUGUAGAGAGUGAAUUCAGCACCAACGUUGAUGGUAUUUAUUUGACUGGUUUCCGGAGAAGUCUUCGUCUCUGUCGCCGGCGGAGGGGUCAGGCUUUUGGCACUUCUCAGUUCUGCUCUCUUCGCUGCCCCACAAGCUGUUACAGUUCUCUGUCCAACUCAUACGAAGAGGUUGUGCGAUACCAACACCAUCCAGAACACACACAUCGUCUAAUAGCACUCGUGGGUGCUUCUGGGGUCGGUGUGAAUGAACUCCGCAGGAGACUCAUCGAGAUCAACCCAAAGGUUUACCAAGGAGCUGUUCCUCAUACCACACGACCUCCCAAAUGCCAUGAGGAGUCUGGGAGAGAAUAUCACUUUGUUAGCAAAGAGCAGUUUGACAACAUGAUCUGCAAUCGCAGGUUUAUUGAGUUUGGGGAGUUCAAAGGUCAUCUCUAUGGUACAAGUGUAGAUGCAGUUAAAGAUGUGCUGGCCGGUGGAAAGAUCUGUGUGAUCGACAUUGAACCUUACGCAUUAGAGUCUGUGAGGUCCCCUGAGCUAAGAGCUUAUGUCAUCUUUAUAAAGCCCCCUUCUGCUGAACAGAUGAAACACACACGGAUUCAUUCUCACAUCAUCACAAACUACUGCAUCAACCGGCCUUUUAAGGAUGAAGACCUUCAGGAAAUCGAGGAUGCAGGACACAAGAUGGAGCAGCAGUACUGUCAGUUUUUUGAUCAUGUGAUAGUAAAUGACGGCCUGCAGGCCGCAUGUGUGCAGCUGCUGACAGCAGUGAGGAGAGCUCAGGAUGAGCCGCAGUGGGUACCAGCCGCAUGGAUCAACCCAUCAGAGCAGUCUUGAGAAGAGCAAACAGGAUGGCAAAUAGCCUUUCUUUUCACCUUUCAUGCUGAGAAUACUGUGCGUGUUGUCUGUAAAAUUCUUAGUCCAAAUAAAACAUAUUUUCUGUC